GAGAUAAACUCAAAUGAUCGUUGGUUAAAUGGAAUAAAAGGUUUGGAUUUUGCAUUCACAAAUUUGCUUCCAUCACCCAGCCACGUAGACUUCUAAGCGGGCACGCCUCUUCUUCCUCAUCUUAUACCGUACAAAUCCAUAUCCCACUGUAAGUUCAUGCUCCAUUUUUCUCUCGCUCAAUGUCUGAAUUGAGUACUACUUCUCCUGCUUACGUUUCGAGUUUUGCAGAAAUGAGCUUCGCGAAGAGGGAAUACGAGUUCCUGAAGGAAAUCGGGCUCGGGCCGCGGAAUUCGGGCUGUUAUGUCAAUGGGGGUUGGCAAGGGAACGGGCCCGUGGUUUCUUCUGUGAAUCCUGCUGAUAAUAAGCCGAUUGCUGAAGUUUCUGAAGCAUCCAUUCAAGACUAUGAGGAAGGAAUGGAGGCAUGUGCUGAUGCUACAAAGAUAUGGAUGCAGAUUCCAGCACCGAAGAGAGGUGAAAUCGUAAGGCAAAUUGGUGAUGCGCUGAGAACCAAACUCCAUCACCUCGGCCGGCUUGUAUCCCUUGAAAUGGGAAAAAUACUUGCUGAAGGAAUCGGGGAGGUUCAGGAAAUAAUUGAUAUGUGUGAUUUUGCUGUGGGAUUAAGCCGUCAGCUGAAUGGAUCCGUUAUUCCUUCUGAACGACCUAAUCACAUGAUGUUGGAGAUGUGGAAUCCCUUAGGGAUAGUUGGUGUUAUUACAGCCUUCAACUUCCCUUGUGCUGUUCUUGGAUGGAAUGCGUGCAUAGCUCUAGUUUGUGGAAAUUCUGUUGUGUGGAAAGGUGCUCCAACCACACCUCUCAUUACCAUAGCUAUGACGAAGAUAAUCGCUGGAGUAUUCGAGAAAAACAAUUUACCUGGAGCAAUCUUCACAGCAUUCUGUGGCGGUGCUGAAAUUGGCCAAGCUAUAGCAAAAGAUCCACGUGUUCCCCUAGUUUCGUUCACCGGGAGUUCAAAGGUGGGUCUAAUGGUUCAACAGACUGUGAAUCAAAGGUACGGCAAGUGCCUGCUCGAACUAAGUGGCAAUAAUGCCAUAAUAGUCAUGGAUGAUGCCGACAUUGAACUUGCUGUUCGCUCUGUUCUGUUCGCUGCUGUUGGUACUGCUGGUCAGCGAUGCACAACUUGCCGUAGAUUGCUUCUUCACGAGAGUGUUUAUGAGAAAGUACUUGACCGGUUAUGUGAUGUCUACAAGCAAGUCAAAGUCGGAAGUCCAUUAGAGAAAGGUACCUUACUUGGGCCGCUGCACACUCCUGUUUCGAGGGAAAAUUUUGUGAAGGGAAUCGAGAAAAUCAAAUCUCAGGGAGGAAAGAUUAUCUGUGGUGGCGGUGUGGUAGAGUCUGAAGGAAAUUUCGUGCAGCCUACGAUAGUUGAAAUUUCUUCGUGUGCUGAGGUUGUUAAGGAAGAGUUGUUUGCUCCUGUUCUCCAUGUGAUGAAGUUUCAGACUCUGAAGGAAGCAAUCGAAAUAAACAAUUCCGUGCCUCAAGGUCUAAGUAGUUCCAUCUUCACUCGCAGACCUGAAAUUAUAUUCAAAUGGAUCGGUCCCCAAGGAAGUGACUGUGGUAUUGUAAAUGUAAACAUCCCAACAAACGGCGCUGAAAUUGGCGGUGCUUUUGGUGGUGAGAAAGCAACUGGAGGCGGACGUGAAGCUGGAAGCGAUUCUUGGAAACAAUACAUGAGGCGCUCAACUUGCACCAUCAACUACGGAAGUGAGCUGCCUCUGGCUCAAGGAAUCAACUUCGGGUAGUGAACAACAACGACCGAGCUCGAUUCAGCCGGUAUGCUUUGUUGUCGAAAUGCUGGUUCCGUGCCUGAAACUAUGGCAAGAAUCUGAAUGAUCAGAGAAGACUUCUAGCUAAGGAGCUAUUCUAUGGCUCUCUCUCUGUGUCUAGAAUGUUUUCAACUAUUUAUGAAAUAAAGCAUAGUUUUCAACUUACUGUUGUAUAUGAACUGAUAGACUUGAAAUUUAAUCUGCAUAUCAUAUUGAAGGGUUUGAAAUAAUAA